UAUGAGAUCCUUAAAAAAACAACAUUUCCAAUAUUUUGUCUGUUAUUUUAAAUAGGCUGUGGAUUGGGGACAUGAUAAACAUUUCAAAAAGCUAAUUCUGAGAUAAACAUUUUAAAAAGAAGAAUGCAGUGAGUGUGAAAACAAAACAAGAAAGUCUUCCUCUAGACAUUGUCUGAUUUCAUUACCACAUCCCCAUGGAAUGCACGUUCUAUGAUUGUCAUUCCACGCAUGAGGAACUCAAGACUCCUAGAGGCUGAGAGACUUGAUCAGGGCACAUAGCCAAUAAGUGUGAGAGUCACGAUUGACACCUGUCGGAUGCCUGAACUUUCUGCAGUUGAACUAUUAUCUAUAUAGAAGGUGCAACUGAAUCUGGGAAUUGCUUAUAGUCUAGACAUAACAAAGGGAUUGACUGGAUGUUAGUAUGCUAUCAGCACUCAGUGUCCAAUCAGGAUGCUUCAAGGAGGAAGGAACGUUCUAGGCAAGAGAAGUGGUCUUCGUCAAAAGUAGAGUUCAAUUCUAUGAAAAGGAAAUGAGUCAGACGUAAAUAUCAGUGUUUUUGAUGUACAAAUGGAGAAGGCAAGAUAAAAGAACCCCUGGAAAAAGAUGAAGAGCUAAAGAGACCGGGAUUCUUCCAUUCAGAUGCUUUGCAUUCAGAAUAGACCUCUGAGUUGGGACCCAAGCUGUCAACUGAUCCCAAAUUCCUAAGUUCCUGACUUGCAGGUAUUGAUUUCUGACCUCUGAAGAUGGAUGAAGGUAUGGAAAUUUCAAGUGAAGGAAAUUCCUUGAUCAAAGCAGUCCAUCAGAGCAGGCUUCGCCUCACACGACUUUUGCUAGAAGGUGGUGCCUACGUUAAUGAGAGCAACGACCGUGGGGAAACCCCUUUAAUGAUCGCUUGUAAGACCAAACAUGUCGAUCACCAGAGUGUCAGUAAAGCCAAAAUGGUGAAAUACCUGUUAGAGAACAAUGCUGAUCCCAACAUACAGGACAAAUCUGGGAAAACGGCUCUGAUGCAUGCUUGCUUAGAAAAAGCUGGCGCUGAAGUUGUUUCCUUGCUCCUCAAGAGUGGGGCUGACCUCAGCUUGCAAGACCAUUCUAGUCACUCAGCUCUUGUUUAUGCUAUAAAUUCAGAAGAUACAGAAACCCUGAAAGUUCUUCUUAGUGCUUGCAAGGCAAAAGGGAAAGAGGUCAUCAUCAUCACAACAGCAAAGUCGCCCUGUGGGAAGUAUACUACUAAACAGUACUUAAAUAUGCCUCCUGUGGAUAUAGAUGGGUGUCAUUCCCCAGCUACCUGCACCACUCCUUCAGAAAUAGACAUCAAAACUGCCUCAUCGCCACUUUCACAUUCUUCUGAAACGGAACUGACGCUUUUUGGCUUUAAAGAUCUUGAGCUUGCUGGAAGCAAUGACGAUACCUGGGACCCAGGUUCCCCUGUGAGGAAACCUGCGUUGGCCCCUAAGGGGCCCAAGCUCCCCCACGCUCCGCCCUGGAUCAAGAGUCCCCCAUCAUUAAUGCACCAGAACAGAGUGGCUUCAUUGCAAGAGGAGCUCCAGGAUAUUACACCAGAGGAAGAACUAUCCUAUAAAACCAAUGGGCUGGCACUUUCCAAGCGGUUCAUCACUGGGCACCAAAGCAUUGAUGUAAAAGACACUGCACAUUUGCUAAGAGCCUUUGAUCAGGCCAGCUCAAGGAAGAUGUCAUAUGAUGAAAUAAAUGAUCAAUCUUAUCUUUCAGAAGGAAAUCAGCAAUGCGUUGAAGUCCCUGUUGACCAGGACCCAGAUUCUAACCAGACAAUAUUUGCUUCCACCUUAAGAAGUAUAGUUCAAAAAAGAAACUUGGGGGCAAAUCACUACAGCUCUGAUUCCCAGCUCUCAGCUGGCCUUACCCCUCCAACAUUAGAAGAUGGCAAAGCACUUAUAGGAAAGAAAAAGAUCCUCUCACCGUCUCCUUCCCAAUUGUCAGAGUCCAAAGAAUUGUUGGAGAAUAUCUCCCUAGGUCCCCUGAGCAGGAGAAAUCAUGCAGUUUUAGAAAGGCGAGGUUCCGGAGCUUUCCCUUUAGAUCACAGUGUUACCCAAACCAGACAAGGGUUUCUCCCACCCUUAAGUGUAAAUUCUCACCCUCCCAUCUCAGAUAUCAAUGUCAACAACAAGAUUUGCGGCCUUCUUUCUUGUGGUCAAAAAGUGCUUAUGCCAACAGCUCCGAUUUUCCCUAAAGAAUUUAAAAGUAAGAAAAUGUUGUUAAGGAGACAAUCAUUGCAAACUGAACAAAUUAAGCAAUUAGUAAACUUUUAGGAGAUGGGUAAAAAACAUUUUCUUCAAAUGUUUAUAUCAGAGAAACAAAGAACUAGAGAAGAAACCUUAAAUGUUCAUUCUUUUAAAUCUCGUAAUUGGUUAGUCCAUAAUGGCUAGAUGCAUUAAAAUGUAAUGUGAUUUGUACUAGGCAUCAUGAGCAUAAAAAAUAAUACACAGUUUCUGUUAAGGGAAUUCUCUCAAACAAAAGGAAAGCUUUUUUUCUCAAUGCUUCUAAUAUUUAACAAUCUACAUGUAGUCCAAAUUUGUCAUUAAAAAAAAACCAGCAAAGAAAGAAGGCCAUGUAUGUUGGGGUAAUUUUUUUUAAUUUUCAGAUUGACUAAAUAUUUUAUCACGAAACAGUUUUCAAGUCAAUAAUUUUUUUAACAUUUCAUGUUAAUAAAUGAAAUUGCAAUUUUUUAUGAUCUCCAAACCAUAAAAGAAAACACUGACAGCUAUAAAAUGUUCUAACAUCAAAAAACUCGAGCUACAAGGAAAGAAUGAACUAAUUCUUUACAAAUGUUGACUGAAGAUAGAUAAAACUCUAAUUAAAAAUUUAAAAGGUUAAACACUGUAUUAGAAGGGGCAACUAAAAUAUUCGUGGUGUCAGUUUAAUUAGUGUCAAACUGGCAAGUCAGAGUUUUACAACCUACUAUUAAUCUAUGCCGAGUCUUGUUGUUUGUGUACUGUGUUUUGCUUUGCUUUGUUUUGUUUUUUAAACAGACUUACCUGUAAUGUUAUCUUAUGGAAUUAUUCUUUCUCCAUAUCUUUUAAGGAAUUAUUCUUUCCCCAUAUCUUUUAAUUACUGUUAUUAGUUUUGGAAGCUUAUCCGUAAGUUUCCAAUGACAAGAUGAUAUAAAAGUUAAAAAGCAUUCCUCUUUACUUAUAUCAAAUUAUUAUUGUCUUUCAAAAAGAACCAAAAAAAAAAAGUUCAUCAUGGAUAAAAACUAAGCGCUUGCUUUCUUUUAAAAAGAAAAACUGAUGAUUAGAUGAGGUUAGCUAAAAUUAAUAGAGGCAGUAGAAACAAUCACAAAAUGUACUAAAUAUUUGGCAAUAUUAAACAAUAUCUUUAUUUCUGAUAUGUAGUUAUUAGACAUUUAUAUAUUAAGGAUAAUUUCCUUAAUGUGACAUUCCAAUCAUCUAGUAUUUUAGGACCUGUGAAUAACUUCCAACAAAAUUAAUGAAUACCAUAUUAGUAUUAUAAAAUAUUAUAAAGUAAUAAUUAUAUCAUCUAUAUAACUUCAAAGUAUGAUGUUUAUACAAAGAAUCCUUAUUUCAAUCUAGCAGCUUAACAACAAAUAAUAAAUCAGACUAUACAAAACCUAAGUGUAUUAAUUUGAUGAUUGUCAUGUACAACUUUCUUUGCCUUCUGAGUACAGGUGAUCCUAACAAUUGGCAUGAUGCUUUUCUUGGUAAUUUGAUAUAAGCAAGUUGUAAUGUACAUAGUAAUUAUUUAAUUACUUGUGGCUUUUAUUUUAAAAAGUAAUUAGAGGUUUUUCCAUUUCAUGUCUUGAACAACAUUAAUAUUAAUUACACUAGAAAUAUUUUCUGAUUCAGAACUUAGAAUUGUGCCUGGUAUUUAUAGGUAGCUAAAUGCUUUCUACAAGUUUAAUAUCGAGAAAAGCACUUGACUUCAAGUUGUAAGGAUACAAUUUGGAAGGAUAUGUAAAUAGAUUAGUUCAUAAACAAAAUGGUAUCAAUAAAGAUUGAAAAUAUCA